GCUGACCGGCGCGGCGGCCGCGGUGGAGCCCGGGCCGCGNCUGCCAGCCUGCAGUGCGAGGAGCUGGCCGAGCCGGGCCUCGUGCCUGCCGCCGCCGCGCGCUACGCGCUGCGCGAGAUCGAGAUCCCGCUGGGGGAGCUGUUCGCCCGCAAGUCCGUGGCCUCCUCCGCGUGCUCGACGCCGCCGCCGGGCCCCGGCCCCGGGCCCGCCUCCGCCUCGCCCGCGUCCCCCUCGCCCGCCGAUGUGGCCUAUGAGGAGGGCCUGGCGCGCCUCAAGAUUCGCGCGCUGGAGAAGCUGGAGGUGGACCGGCGGCUGGAGCGGCUGAGCGAGGAGGUGGAGCAGAAGAUCGCCGGCCAGGUGGGUCGGCUGCAGGCCGAGCUGGAGCGCAAGGCGGCCGAGCUGGAGACGGCGCGGCAGGAGAGCGCGCGGCUGGGGCGCGAGAAGGAGGAGCUGGAGGAACGGGCGUCCGAGCUCUCGCGCCAGGUGGACGUGAGUGUGGAGCUGCUGGCCUCGCUCAAGCAGGACCUGGUGCACAAGGAGCAGGAGCUGAGCCGCAAGCAGCAGGAGGUGGUGCAGAUCGACCAGUUCCUGAAAGAGACGGCGGCGCGGGAGGCCAGCGCCAAGCUGCGGCUGCAGCAGUUCAUCGAGGAGCUUCUGGAGCGCGCCGACCGCGCCGAGCGGCAGCUGCAGGUCAUCAGCAGCAGCUGUGGCAGCACGCCCAGCGCCAGCCUGGGCCGUGGAGGGGGAGGAGGCGGCGCUGGGCCUGGUCCCCGGGGUCCCGGCAGAAUGCGAGAACACCACGCGGGCCCGGCCAUGCCUAGCACAUACGCCGUGUCGAGGCAUGGCUCCUCUCCCAGCACAGGGGCCUCCAGCCGUGUCCCCGCUGCAUCCCAGAGCUCAGGCUGCUAUGACAGUGACAGUCUGGAGCUACCCCGGCCAGAAGAGGGGGCCCCCGAGGACAGUGGCCCUGGGGGCUUGGGCACACGGGCCCAGGCUGCCAACGGCGGCUCGGAGCGCACCCAGGCCCCUCGCAGCUCAGGCCUGCGGCGCCAGGCCAUCCAGAACUGGCAGCGCAGACCCCGCCGACACAGCACGGAGGGGGAGGAGGGUGAUGUCUCGGACGUGGGCUCCCGAACCACGGAGUCAGAGGCUGAGGGCCCCUCAGAUGCCCCCCGCCCUGGGCCUGCUAUGGCUGGGCCACUGAGCAGCUGCCGGCUCUCAGCCCGCCCAGAGGGAGGCAGUGGGCGGGGUCGGCGAGCUGAGAGGGGCAGCCCCUCACGCUCCAACGAGGUCAUCAGCCCCGAGAUCCUCAAGAUGCGAGCCGCCCUGUUUUGCAUCUUCACCUACCUGGACACGCGCACGCUGCUGCACGCCGCCGAGGUCUGCCGGGACUGGCGGUUCGUGGCUCGCCACCCCGCCGUCUGGACACGGGUGCUGCUCGAGAACGCCCGCGUCUGCUCCAAGUUCCUGGCCAUGCUGGCUCAGUGGUGCACCCAGGCCCACUCGCUGACGCUGCAGAACUUGAAGCCCCGACAGCGGGGCAAGAAGGAGAGCAAGGAAGAGUAUGCGCGGAGUACCCGGGGCUGCCUGGAAGCAGGGCUGGAGUCCCUGCUGAAGGCCGCCGGGGGGAGUCUGCUCAUCCUGCGCAUCUCCCACUGCCCCAACAUCCUCACCGACCGCUCGCUCUGGCUGGCCAGCUGCUACUGCCGCGCCCUGCAGGCCGUCACCUACAGGAGCGCCACAGACCCGGUGGGCCAUGAGGUCAUUUGGGCCCUGGGCGCAGGCUGCAGAGAGAUCGUCUCCCUCCAGGUGGCGCCACUUCACCCUUGCCAGCAGCCCACACGCUUCAGUAACCGCUGCCUGCAGAUGAUCGGUCGCUGUUGGCCACACCUUCGGGCCCUGGGGGUUGGGGGCGCUGGCUGUGGGGUACAGGGCCUGGCGUCACUUGCAAGAAACUGCAUGCGGCUGCAGGUCCUAGAGCUGGACCACGUGUCGGAGAUCACCCAGGAGGUGGCAGCUGAGGUCUGCCGCGAAGGCCUGAAGGGACUGGAGAUGUUGGUGCUCACGGCCACCCCCGUCACCCCCAAGGCCCUGCUGCAUUUCAACAGCAUUUGCCGGAACCUCAAGUCCAUUGUGGUCCAGAUUGGGAUUGCUGAUUAUUUCAAAGAGCCCAGCAGUCCUGAGGCCCAGAAGCUGUUUGAGGACAUGGUGACAAAACUACAGGCCCUACGACGGAGGCCCGGCUUCUCUAAGAUCCUGCACAUCAAGGUGGACGGCAGCUGCUAACCCGGGUGGGGGGCGGCAGGGCCCCUGCCAGCCCCACACCAGGGCACUCUCUUUGGACCUCCAGAGGGACCCUGAUUUGGACUAGAACUUCGGAGGCCUAGUGUUAUCCCUGGCUUCCAGGGAAGGGUUGAGUUUCCUGUCCUCCUCCUGGGACCGUGGAGCAACAGGCCUGACCCUGGGCACUGCCUCUUCAGCGCAGGGGCUUGGACAGAAGCUGCCCUCCAACCCCCACUCCACCCCCCACUGGAGCAUCCUUCUGGGCACAGCCAGCAAGGAGCUGAGUCACCACCAGCACCUGGUGUCAUUGCCCUCAGGACCUGCAGUAACCACAGAGUGGCUCCUCGGUUGCUCAGGCUACUGGGCCAGGCCCCCCCCUCCUGAGGCCCACCCUACUGGUCAAGGGCCUCUGCUAGGCCCCAGCCAGAGGGGGCUCCCCAAAACAGCUUAGACUUGGCAAGGAGGACUCUCUUCCUCCUCCUGCCCUGUUUCAGCCCUCUGUGGGGCAUCCCCUCCAGACAUCCUGCCUGGGCUCUGGGUCCACACUCCCCAGGGAUAACAGAUAGGCCUCUGGGUCUGGGAAUGUGAUCAGCCAAAAGUGGGGGGGGGCAGGGGUGCAGUGAGGUAGUGGGAAUGGGCUUGGAAUGGCAAAACAUUCAUCUAGAACUUUUCCCCAGGAUAUUGAAACCACCACUCCCAAAGCGGGGGGGGGGGGUUGCCAAGUAGAGAAAACUUAGUUUUUGUUGCUGUAGAAAUGACAAGACCCUCCCAGCCACCGCAUACCCUCACGACACACCAGAGCUAAAUUCAGAGCUAAAAGGUGCAUGUUUCUAUACUUUCCACCAAUCCCAAGCCUCUGGAAGGGCAAGGUCCUAGCUCUGGGAAACCUUAGCAGCAGCAAGCAGCAGCUCCUGUCCUCAAGAAAUGUCUUUCUAAUCCAGGUGCUUGGGCAGGAAUCUGAUGGCCUCUGGUCCCCAGUGCUGUGGGUGGGAGGGAGUCACUGGGCUGCCUGCUGUGCUGGGGCCUAGAGGAGGCCAGGAGGAGGGAGGGGUUUGCUUGCUUGAAGAUGUGGCCUUGGUAGGGAGCCAGACCCAUGAGGCCAAGGACGAGCACGAGCAGCCUCAUCAGACUCGCCUUCCCCCCGCCUCCCCAUCUUCACAGGCCCUGUGGGCGAUGCUGGAGAGCUGCUGGCUCGGGGCGGUGCUGGGGCCUGAGCCGGAGCCACUUGGCUUAGAAACCACAGAGUGCAGGUAGGGGGUUUUCACUACCUCUUGCACGUUCUGGUAAGACUAGGUUCUGGCAUUAAGGCUCCAAAGACUCAGGUCUCCCCAGUUCCUCCUCUCAGA